CACCAGUCACCACCGAGAUCAGUUGCAGGUCGAUCGCUAUGAGCGGAGCACGCGCGAUGUACGUCCGGAUUUGUUUGGUGGCCGCUUUGGCGGCCAUCGCCGCCAGCCAGGAUGCCAGCAAGAAGUUUCCCAAGAAAGAGGCGAGGAUUUCCAGUCUGGAGGACUACUGCCGCACCGAGGGCGAGGUGGUGCGCUGCAGCGGCUUCCACUUCGACCGGGAGCAGCAGAAGGCGACCUUCGACCUGCAAACCGAGGUGAGGAUUGCCGCCGACGGCAACACCUACGAGGUGGGCAAGGAGCAGUCCGCCCGCACAUUCGUCUUCGAGAACUGCAGCUUCGUUAACUUCCCACUGGGGCUGUUCUACACUUUGGAGAUCAGUGAGCUGGACAUGCGGGGCUGCGGCAUCCGCCACGUGCACUGGGAGAACUUCGCCAGCGGCGCCGAGAAGAUGGCGAUCUUGCUGCUGGCGGACAACGAGAUCCACGAGCUGCCCAGCAAGACCUUCAGCGGGGCCAGCAGUCUGCAGUUCCUGUUCCUCAACAGGAACAGACUCAGCAAGCUACACAUAGACAGCUUUGAGAACCUGGGGGAGCUGCAGCACCUGGACCUCGCCGAAAACGAGCUGGAGGACCUGCCCCCGGACGUCUUCUCCGACCUGAAGAGCCUGCAGCGGGUGUUCCUGGCCGACAACCUCCUGACCAUCGUAGCCGGCGACCUGUUCGCCAACAAUCCGCUACUCUUCUCCGUCACCCUGCAGAGGAACCGACUGGAGGAGCUGGAGGAGUACGCCUUCCGGCCAAAGGGCGUCGGGAAGGAGGUGGCCGAGCACCAGGUGCACUCCAUAGACCUGUCGCACAACCCCCGGCUGAAGGUGCUGCUGCUGAACCUGAAUGUCAGCCACCUGUACGCCAGCAACUGCUCGCUGGACCGCGUCAACCUGUACGGCUCGGUGACGACCGUCGAUCUGAGCUUCAACAGCGUUCGGGAGCUCUACUUCCCCGCCUCCGACAAGCUGGAGCACCUGGUGCUGCGCAACAACUCCCUGGUACAGUUGGCGUCCCUCAGCCGCCUGCCGCGCUUGCGCCACCUGGACGUGGCCGACAAUCCGGAGUUGGGCCACCUACCCGAGGACUGGCAGACGCCGCAAAUGGAAAUGCUGGUGCUGCGGAACACGGGCCAGGAGGAGCUGCCCCUGAAGGCCAUUGAGGGCAUGCCCAACCUGAAAAAGCUGGACGUGUCCGGCAACAGAAUCACAGACCUCGACCCGUCGUCUUUCCCGCUGCUCUCGCAGCUCACCCACUUCUACAUCCACAAGAACAGCUGGAACUGCUUCAGCCUGAGAGCGGUCCUGGACGUGCUGAUCCGGCCCAACGGAAUCACCUACUCCGUCGACAUCCCCGACCCCGAUUUUCCGGGGGAGUACCUCCACGGCAUCGCCUGCAUGUACCGCAUUGCGAACAAGGAGUCUAUGGAGUCGAGUUCCUCCUCUGAGGUGGCCCCGGAGUCUUUUGAGUUCUGGGAGAAGCCCAAAAACUACAACGCCCCCUCCAGCGAGGUGGAGGAACUCCGGAGGGAGUUCAAGGUGAUUGUGCAGCACUUUGAUGAGAAGUUCGACAUGGCCUUCGCCCAGCUGAGGCGCCUGAACGAGCUGAUGGAGUCCAUCGAGAGGCUGAACCAGACAGUUUGGAACCAAGUCACCUUGUCGGUUUAGUUAUCUAAUUGUUUAAUGUUUAAUUGUCAUUGAUUUGAGCAGGAAUGAGUUUACUUUUCACUUAAAGGAAGUUAAAUAAAAAUGUUGUUUUAAACAAAAACUUUA